CUCCGCAGGCGGCAGCCAUAUUGAAUACGUCUGACGACACUGUAUUUGGACUGGAUGAGUGACAUAGAAAAUAAACACUAUCUAGAAGUGCUUUGAUGAAUAGGAACUAAACAAUAUUUUUUAAACUUAAUGUUUUCAAAAUUCUACAAAUUUGAUUACAAUCUAUUCUUCAUUUAUUACAAAACUAAGAUGUUUAUGGGCACAUGUAUGCAGAAUUCCAAAUAUUCUUAAUAGUGCAAAAAAGUGAACGUUGGAUACUCUAUAUAACUGCACCAUAGCUUUCAAGAAUUAUAGUCUCCGAGCUGGAUUUUGUUAAAAUAUGUUCCUUCAUUUACAAAUAUACAGUGACGUGGUUAUAAUCACGUGAUCAGAAAGGAAUUUUUACAUGGUUGAAAGUCAGAUCAGCUUAGACAUCGCUCCCAUUGUUUAUACACAAUGAACACGUGAAAUGGAUAAGGGUGAUCUUGAUGAUGACUUUAGUAAACCGUUGUUUGGAAGACCUGAUAAAAGUUCAAAGCUGACUUACAGCUCAGAGUCAGGAGAAGAAAAAAGUGCUUCUGGGUCUGGAAACAAUUCUAGUGAAUCAGGAUCAGAAUCUGGAUCUGGGUCCAGUAAAUCUGGCUCCUCAUCUGAAUCAGGAAGUAGUUCUGAGAGUAAUUCCAAAUCUGAGAGUGAAUCAGACAAUCACAAUGGUCAUAAUAAUAGACCAGAUGUCCCUAUGCCUUACGAUACAGACUCUCAGCAGAGUAGUCCUGGGAAAAGAGGAAGGCCCCAGCGACAGAGUAAUACUGAACUGAAAGAAAUUUUAAGAGAAAAUCCUGAUUUGUUUGGUCUACGCAGAUCUGGUAGAGCAAGACAGGAACCAGUGCGUUACAAUGCACAGGACUCUGAUGAGGAUAGUGAACCUAGAAGCCGGAAAGGGAGAAGGAGGAAAAAUUCUGGUGAUUGGAAUGAGAGUGGUGGUAGUAAUGAAAGCAGUAGUGGAAGUGAAGAUUAUCAUCCUCCAAAAGCUGUUCAGCAUAGACCAGCUAGAAGAGCAGUAAAGGGUAGACGUUCUGGUAGACCUGGGAAGACAAAAUCUGCAGGAAGACCAAAGACCGGACAUCUGUCUGAUUCUGAUUCAUGGAGUGAGGAUGAUGCUAGGAAAUUUGAGACCAGAAAUACCGCCAAGAAAGUCAGGCAAAAGCCUCGUUCUAGAUCUGGGAGAAAACAGUCCAGAAGAGGGGUCUGUUACAAGGAAGAAUCAGAUGAUGUGACAGAUUCAGAUGAUGUCGUAGAAGUGGCACAAGAAGAAGAGGAUGCUGAAGCUGAAAAUAGAGAGACUGUUGAAAGAGUUUAUAAAACAAGGAUGGGAAAGAAAUUAGCAACUGGAAGCAGAACCACCAUAUACAAUGUAUUGGAGAAUGGGGAUCCCAAUGAUGGCUGUGAUCCUAGCAUCAAUGAAGUGGAACAGCAGUUUCUUAUCAAAUGGAAGAACUGGGCAAAUAUCCACAAUACUUGGGAAACUUAUGAAAAUCUCAAAGAACAAAAAGUUAAUGGAUUGAAGAAAUUAGAAAAUUAUCUGAAAAAUUUAAAUGAAAUUAAUGAAUGGAAGAGACUAGCUUCUCCUGAGGAUGUAGAAUAUUAUGAACUACAGAAGGAAAUGAUGGAAGAUUUAUAUGAACAAUACAUAAAUGCAGAGAGAAUUAUAGCUCAUUCCAAUCAGAAAAUGGCCAAUGAGAACAAUGGCUACCCUGAUUACUUUGUGAAAUGGCAGGGAUUACCAUACUCAGACUGUACAUGGGAGGAUGGUGAACUCUUGGCUCGGAGAUUUCAAUCCAUCAUUGAUGAGUAUCAUGCCAGAAACAAGUCUCAAAAAACUCCGUCAAAGUUAACCAAAUGUUUAAAGUACAGACCAAAGUAUCAGCCAUUUAAAGACCAGCCAUCAUGUAUCGGUGGAGUUGAUAAUUUAGAUUUACGAGAUUAUCAAUUAGAAGGAGUUAAUUGGUUGAUGCAUGCUUGGUCAAAGCUUAAUUCUUCCAUAUUAGCAGAUGAAAUGGGACUAGGGAAAACUAUUCAGACCAUAUCAUUUCUACAGAUAAUGUAUACAUAUUAUCAGUUGUAUGGGCCUUUCUUAGUAGUAGUACCUUUGUCUACAUUAGUGGCAUGGCAGAGAGAGUUCAAAAAUUGGGGACCAGAGAUGAAUGUGGUCACUUACCUUGGAGAUAUUUCUAGUCGUAAUAUGAUAAGAGAGUAUGAAUGGCAGCAUGGUGGAAAUAAAAGGUUAAAGUUUAAUGUUAUCCUUACAACAUAUGAAAUCUUGCUUAAAGACAAGUCAUUUUUAGGAGGGGUUUCAUGGGCUGCAUUGAUGGUAGAUGAAGCCCACAGACUGAAGAAUGAUGAUUCACUUCUUUAUAAAUCUUUGUUUGAAUUUAACACAAACCACCGACUUCUCAUCACUGGUACCCCUUUACAGAACUCAUUGAAAGAGCUGUGGGCUCUGCUCCAUUUCAUUAUGCCUCAAAAAUUUGAUAAUUGGCCAGAUUUUGAAGAGAAAUAUUCAUCGCAAGAAAAAGUUGGAUUUGCAGGACUUCACAAACAACUAGAACCGUACCUGUUACGGAGAGUCAAGAAAGAUGUUGAAAAAUCUCUCCCUUCAAAGACGGAACAAAUUCUUAGAGUUGAAAUGUCUUCUUUACAGAAACAGUAUUACAAAUGGAUUUUAACAAAAAACUAUAGAGCACUUAGUAAAGGACUGAAAGGAAAUGCAUCUAGUUUUGUAAAUAUCAUAAUGGAACUUAAAAAAUGUUGUAAUCACACAUCACUGACACGUCCACCUGAAGAUGAUAGCAUGGACAAACUCACAGCGUUAAUAAAAGGAAGUGGGAAAUUAAUUCUGUUAGACAAAUUAUUGACACGUCUGAAAGAGACAGGACAUAGAGUGCUAAUAUUUUCUCAGAUGGUUAGGAUGUUGGAUAUUCUUAGUGAUUAUUUACAACAGAAACGUUAUGCUUUCCAGAGGUUGGAUGGAGGGAUCAGAAGUGACAUAAGAAAACAGGCUUUGGACCACUUUAAUGCUGAAGGAUCAUCGGAUUUUUGUUUCCUGUUGUCAACAAGAGCUGGUGGUCUUGGAGUAAAUUUGGCCACUGCUGAUACUGUGAUAAUAUUUGAUAGUGAUUGGAACCCACAGAACGAUCUCCAAGCUCAAGCUAGAGCUCAUCGUAUAGGGCAGAAAAAACAGGUUAGUGUAUAUAGGUUAGUGACAAAGAACAGUGUAGAAGAAGAUAUUGUGGAGAGAGCUAAACGUAAAAUGGUGCUAGAUCAUCUGAUCAUACAGAGAAUGGACACUACUGGUAGGACAGUGCUGAACAAAAAUCAAGUUCCUUCUAGUACGGCAACACCCUUUAAAAAAGAAGAAUUGGCAGCUAUAUUGAAGUUUGGUGCUGAAGAAUUAUUCAAGGAAGACGAGGCGAAUGAAGAGGAACCUCAGGUGGACAUUGAUGACAUCCUUAAUCGUGCUGAAACUAGGGAAUCAGAACAACCUAUGUUAGGGGAUGAACUACUGUCUCAGUUUAAAGUGGUCAGUUUUGAUAAUCUGGAAGAAGAUGACCCACCGCCUAGUGUACAGGUAGAUGAGGAUACAGGUAAAGAGUGGGACUCAAUUAUUCCUGAAAAUGACAGAAGAAAAAUUGAAGAAGAAGAAGAGCAAAAAAAACUUUUGGAAUUAAACUUGCCUCCUAGAAGCAGGAAAUCUGUUAAACAGCUUCAGGUGGAUUAUGAUUCUGAUGAGAAGAAAAAGAAGAAGAAGAAAAAGGAUGAUGAUGAUGAAGAUGAAGAUGAUGAAAGUGAGGAUGAGGAGGAGGAUGAAGACGAACCAAAGAAACGUGGGAGGCCUCCAGGUGGCAGUAAGGGGAAAAUAAGAGGGUUCACUGAUGCUGAAAUUAGGAGAUUUAUCAAAAGUUUUAAAAAGUUUGGCAGACCUUUGACUAGACUUGAUGCUAUAGCCUGUGAUGCAGAAUUACAAGAGAAAUCUGAGGGAGAUCUGAAAAAGUUAGCCCAGAUAUUGAUGUCUGGUUGUGAACAGAGUCUGGAUGAACAUAACCACAAUAAAGUUAAACAAGAAGAAGAGGCUAGUGUUGAUGGAAUAAAUACUCCAGCCAAGAAGAAGAGAGAAAAAGGACCAUCAUUUAAUAUAUCUGGAGUUGUGGUGGCUGUACAACCUGUCAUGAAAGCAAUGCAAGAAAUGGAACAACUAGAUGAUCUUAUACCUAAAAAUAGGGAGGAAAAGAAAAGGUUUAAGAUAGAUACCCAUGUAAAAGUUUGUCAUUGGGAUUGUGAAUGGAGUGAAGAAGAUGACUGUAGCUUGCUGAAAGGAGUAUACGAGUAUGGCAUGGGAAACUGGGAAGCCAUCAAAAUGGAUCCUAAUUUUAACCUACAUGAGAAGAUUUUGCCAGGGGGUAAAAAUGAGAAGCCACAAGCCAAACAUUUACAUACUCGUGUGGAAUACUUACUCAAGAUGCUGAGUAAGAAAUCAGAAGCUGAUAAACCUGCUCCUGUGGUAAAGAAUAAUUCUGAAGCAAAACCAAGAAAGAAAAGAAAGCCAAAAUCAAAAGCAGAAGUUAUUGAAAAAGAGUCCUCUGACUCGGACAAUAGUGCUAAAGUAAAGUCUAGUGCUAGAGACGACAGUACUAUGGAUAGUUUCCCAGAAAAUCACAAGAAAAAGAAGGAAAAACAUGAAAAGGUAGAACCCAAAGAACAUCCGAUGGAAGUGGAAACAAAAGUGAAAAGUAAAUCUGGAGAUAAACCAAAGAAAGAAAAGAAGAAAAAGAAGAAACCUAAGAAGGAAGAUGGUCCAAUGCAUUUUACUGCCAACACAACCCCUGUGGCUGUGGCCUCUGAAGAUUUUGAUGUUGAACUUCCUGAUGAAGUGUUUAGAAAGUGUAAAGAGAUGAUGAGACCAGUUAAGAGAGCAUUGCGGAAGUUAGACAAUCCAGACGAGGGGAUGUCGGAGAAGGAUCAAGUAGUUCAUACUAAACAAUGCCUGUUAAGGAUUGGUGACAGAAUUACAGAAUGUCUGUCAACACUGAAUGAUCCAGAAAAAAUCAAGACAUGGAGAGGCCAUUUAUGGAACUUUGUAUCAAAGUUUACAGAAUUUGAUGCACGAAAGUUGCACAAAUUGUACAAACAUGCAUACAGAAAGAGAGAAGAGGAGAAGGAAAGAGAAGAGGCUAAAGCACACACCCAGAAUCAUAAUACAUCACAUCAAGAAAAACAUAAACCACACAAGCAUCAAGGAGAAUCAGAUCAUAACAAACAUUCUCAUAACCAUGAUCAGGGUAGAGAUUUCACUAAACAUUCCACUGUAAAUAAUCGUCAUCCACCUGGUAGUAACAUGUCCAACAGGGGGCGUGACCACCGUCCAGAACAUUCAUCUAGUCCAUGGCAGCAUGCCAGCCCAUUACAGAGAGAUGAUGGUCCUCCUCCAAGCAGGUAUGGAGACAAAGGAGGAUCAUAUAGAAGAUCAGAUAACUACCAAAGAUAUGGUGGGGGAGAUCAUUCUCAUCACAGACUUAAUCAUGACCGACGAGAGUAUGGGGCUGGUAACCACUAUUCUAGAGAACAUAGACCAGGACCUAGUUAUGAUCAUGAUCCUAACUAUAGGAAUAACCAUCCUGAGUAUCGAGAGCGUGGACAGGACUUUCAUCAUAGAUCUGACUAUGGACAGUUUGGUCAUAGGGAUUAUGGAGGCUCUGGAUAUAACAGAUCGUCUCAUGAUAGUUAUUCACAAUUUCAUCCAGAAAGAAAAAGGAAAAGUGAUUUAUCAGAUCCACGUGUUCAUAAAGACCCACGUUUAGAAGGACAUGGAUAUCCUGAAUCUGGAUAUUCUGAAUCCAGUAAUGACAGUCAAUUGAAACAUUGAUGUCAUGUGACAUUUGCAUUUACAUGUGACAUUUGUAUUGAUAUCAUGUGACCCAUUACAUAAUUAUCAUUUGACAUUUGCAUUUACAUGUGACAAUAGUAUUGAUAUCAUGUGACCCUUAACAUUAUUAUCAUGUGACAUUAUAUCAUCAAAGUUUAUGAAGUGUUAAUAUGUGUGAUAGAAAAACCAUUGUGUCUUUCAACGAGUGUUUUGAGUUGCAGUAUGUUUGUAUAUGAAAAAGUGAUAUCAGUUGUGUGACAUUUUGUAUUAUAACAUUUAACACAUCAUGACAGAAUUGUAAUUUCCAUUGGCUACUAUCUCAAGGACUAGAGUUCAUCUCUUUAUUGAAUGCUUUUAACAUUUAGCCAUCUCUAGAUUUAGCCAUUGUUAAUUUGGGUUGGCCUAUGAUUUCAAUUUUAUUUUAAAAAUCGAGGUUAAAUCCAGAGGAAGAACUAACAUGUUUAUGGUUUAUGUAAAAUGAAGUGAUGUGGAUUUUAAGUAAGAGUUGAAUAUCUAGUUCAAAGGGGGAAAUGGUCAUAGAAAUAAGCAGAAUUGCCAAUUGUGUUCAUUUUUUUCUCUCAGUUUGCCUGUUAUUGAUAUGAGAACUUCAUUGUAAAAAUCAACUUAAUAACAAGCACAGUCAUAUUUCUGACUUUUUUUAUAAUCUUUAUACAUUUUUAUAAAGCAGUGCAAUAUUUCUUUUUGUAAUUUGCAUUUCAAUUAAAGUCUAAAGCGAGGCAUUUAAAUAUUUUUGUUUCAGUUGUAUGAUUUUUCUUCUUUCAUGAACUUGUGAAAACUUAUUAUUUGCUGUUUAAAAAGAAACCAGAAAUUACAGGAUUUUCUGAAGUGUAUGUUAAAACAUAGGGUUGACACAUUUCAACUUUUUAAUGAAUUUAUAUUUUGGAUAAAUUGCACACAAUCAUUGAAUUAUUGUUAUUUGUUGCUUUUAACAAUGUUUAUGAUUUGUACAUAACUAAUGUUUUUCUUUUGAUACAAAGAAGAACAAAAAAUAUAUUUUACUGUGUAAUGUUUUGUUGAAUGUGAAAAUUGGUUUCAGGCAGGGUACCUGAGCUCUAAAAGUGAUAUAGAGUGUGUGAUAGGCUGCAGUAUAUAUGAUAUACAUUUCAGCAGAUUAUUCUUUGGCUAAGAAAACAAUUCUAGCUACACACCACUAAUUAAAUAAAUGUAUUUUUUAGAAGUCAGAAAAAGUUAAAAUAUAUUUUUUUUUGUCCUCAAUUUGGGGGGCAGAACACAUUUCAAUAAAUUUUAUUUCAACAAAAUGUUAAUUGCAAAAAAGCCAAAAGUUUGACAUUGUUUUUCUAAAUUUUUACUAGAUUAUUUUGAUUACAUUUGACAUAUAUUUUAGUUUCCAUGAAAAGCUGAAGAGUGUUGUUAAUAUGUAGUAAAAAGCAGUAAAAUAUAAGGAAACUUUAGUUCAAAGUCUUUACCAGAAACAAAUCACUCUUUAGUUUUAACUUAAAACAUGUGAUGAGUGUUGAAAAUUAUGUUUUUUGGUAUCCCAUUAAGAAGUUUGUUGAUAAACCACUCUCUCAUAAUAAAACCCAACUUGAAAAAGGGUGGAAUUUUGUUUGUUAUAUAGUGCUACAACAAUAAACAAAUACUGUAAGUUUUUUUUAAAUGAUUUUAUUUUGCUGUUGAUCCUUUAUGUUGCUUAGAUUGUUAGUGCUAGUGCUGUUGUUGAUUAAAACAGAAAUCAGCCAAAGAUUUAUCUACAAAAUGGAUGUUAGGAGGAAUGUGUGAGGAAAGAGAGAGAGGGAAAGUUUAUGAAAGUUGAAAUUAUUUUUUGUAUAAAGAAAUAUUGUUACAAUGAAUUGUAAUUGUGUAAAUAUGAUCAACAAUAGGAAUUGUCUAAAAUAAAAA